UGAGAUUUUCCCCACGUGGUGAAGAUGGCAUUACUCUGAUUGGCGUUUAUGAAUCGGCAGAGUGUCGUAACUGGUCGUAACGCGUUGCUCUUGGGAAAAGAAAUGAGUCGAGUCUCACUCUGGUCUCACUCCUCCGCGACGCACUUUAUAUCAGCCUUUCUCUGAAGUCCAAAUAUACUUCUUGAAACGUUUGCCUGAAACCCAGCGACACAGAAUAAUCAAGUUUCUAAUCAUAUUUGCAGGAAAAACGAAGCUCAACAACGAUGUCGAACACAACAGAACUGAAACUAGGUCAAAAACUGAACGAGGGUAAGACCAAGCAGAUCUUUGAGCUUGUGGAUGAGCCGGGUCAUGUUCUGGUCCAGUCUAAAGAUCAGAUCACAGCGGGCAAUGCGGUUCGGAAGGAUCAGAUGGAGGGCAAAGCAGCUAUUGCCAACAAGACCACCAGCUGUGUGUUCAAACUUUUACAGGAUGCUGGGUUUAAGACGGCAUUUGUCAGGCAGCAUUCUGAGACUGCUUUUGUGGCAUCUCGAUGUGAAAUGAUACCCAUUGAGUGGGUCUGCAGACGGAUAGCCACAGGCUCUUUCCUCAAACGCAACCCUGGGGUCAAAGAGGGCUACCGCUUCUCUCCUCUAAAAAUGGAGAUGUUCUUUAAGGAUGAUGCCAAUAAUGACCCUCAGUGGUCAGAGGAGCAGCUUUUGGCAGCUGGUUUUGAGCUGGCUGGUUUGACUAUUGGCCGCUGUGAGGUAGACAUCAUGAGCAAAAGCACAGUGGCCAUUUUUGAAGUCCUGGAGAAGGCUUGGGCCACACAGGACUGCACGUUGGUGGAUAUGAAAAUUGAAUUUGGUGUGAAUGUGACCACUAAAGAGAUUGUGUUGGCUGAUGUGAUUGACAACGACUCGUGGAGGCUCUGGCCUGCUGGGGAUCGCAGCCAGCAGAAAGACAAACAGGUGUACCGUGACCUGAAAGAAGUCACUCCUGAGGCCAUGCAGAUGGUGAAGAGAAACUUUGAGUGGGUUGCAGAGCGAGUCAAGCUGCUUCUGGAGUCACAGGCAAAAGGAAGGGUUGUAGUUCUAAUGGGCUCUACUUCAGAUGUGGCUCACUGUGAGAAGAUCCGUAAGGCUUGUGGCUCUUAUGGCAUUCCCUGCCACCUUAGAGUCACCUCUGCCCAUAAAGGCCCUGAUGAGACACUCCGCAUCAAAGCUGAAUAUGAGGGUGAUGGUGUACCCACCAUCUUUGUUGCAGUGGCAGGCAGAAGUAAUGGCUUGGGUCCUGUGAUGUCAGGAAACACUGCGUAUCCGGUUAUUAACUGUCCCCCUAUUACCCCCGACUGGGGUGCUCAGGACAUUUGGUCAUCUCUUCGCAUGCCUAGUGGUCUGGGUUGCUCCACGGUUCUUUCUCCAGAAGCUGCUGCUCAGUUCGCAGCUCAGAUCCUUGGUCUAAAUGACCAUUUGGUUUGGGCCAGACUUCGAGCAUCCAUGCUGAACACCUGGGUCUCCCUGAAGCAGGCUGACAAGAAGCUGCAAGAGUGCAGCCUGUAAUAAACCAGCCUUUUCAUUCCCUUCAACCACUUUAUACAUUUCUGCUUACAUUUUUGUGUACCCACCUGUCAUUGCCUUUGAACAAACUUAUGUGAAAUGCCGACUUAGAGCUUAUUUGCAAUAAUACCAUUUCAGUUGUACAUUACAUCAAUAAACAUUCCUCAGUUACA